AUGGACGUGGACGUGGACGUGGACGUGGACAUGGACGUGGACGUGGACGUGGACGUGGACGUGGACGUGGACGUGGACGUGGAUGGACGUGGACGUGGACAUGGACGUGGACGUGGACGUGGAGUGGGACUGGACGUGGACGUGGACGUGGACGUGGACAUGGACGUGGACGUGGACGUGGACGUGGACAUGGACGUGGACGUGGACGUGGACAUGGACGUGGACGUGGACGUGGACGUGGACGUGGACGUGGACGUGGACGUGGACGUGGACGUGGACGUGGACGUGGACGUGGACGUGGACGUGGACGUGGACGUGGACGUGGACAUGGACGUGGACGUGGACGUGGACGUGGACAUGGACGUGGACGUGGACGUGGACGUGGACAUGGACGUGGAGAUGGACGUGGACAUGGACGUGGACGUGGACAUGGACGUGGACGUGGACGUGGACGUGGACGUGGACGUGGAGAUGGACGUGGACGUGGACGUGGACGUGGACGUGGACGUGGACGUGGACGACGUGGACGUGGACGUGGACGUGGACAUUGGACGUGGACAUGGACGUGGACGUGGACGUGGACUGGACGUGGACGUGGACAUGGACGUGGACGUGGACGUGGACGUGGACGUGGACGUGGACGUGGACGUGGACGUGGACGUGGACGUGGACGUGGACGUGGACGUGGACGUGGACAUGGACGUGGACGUGGACGUGGACAUGGACGUGGACAUGGACGUGGACGUGGACAUGGACGUGGACGUGGACAUGGACGUGGACGUGGACGUGGACAUGGACGUGGACGUGGACGUGGACGUGGACAUGGACGUGGACGUGGACGUGGACGUGGACAUGGACGUGGACGUGGACGUGGACAUGGACGUGGACGUGGACGUGGACGUGGACGUGGACGUGGACAUGGACGUGGACGUGGACGUGGACGUGGACGUGGACGUGGACGUGGACAUGGACGUGGACGUGGACGUGGACGUGGACGUGGACGUGGACGUGGACGUGGACAUGGACGUGGACGUGGACGUGGACAUGGACGUGGACGUGGACGUGGACGUGGACAUGGACGUGGACAUGGACGUGGACGUGGACGUGGACAUGGACGUGGACGUGGACGUGGACGUGGACGUGGACAUGGACGUGGACGUGGACGUGGACAUGGACGUGGACGUGGACGUGGACGUGGACGUGGACGUGGACGUGGACGUGGACGUGGACGUGGACAUGGACGUGGACGUGGACGUGGACAUGGACGUGGACGUGGACGUGGACGUGGACAUGGACGUGGACGUGGACGUGGACAUGGACGUGGACGUGGACGUGGACGUGGACGUGGACGUGGACGUGGACGACGUGGACAUGGACGUGGACGUGGACGUGGACGUGGACAUGGACGUGGACGUGGACGUGGACGUGGACGUGGACGUGGACGUGGACGUGGACGUGGACGUGGACGUGGACGUGGACGUGGACGUGGACGUGGACGUGGACGUGGACGUGGACGUGGACGUGGACAUGGACGUGGACGUGGACGUGGACAUGGACGUGGACGUGGACGUGGACGUGGACGUGGACGUGGACGUGGACGUGGACGUGGACGUGGACAUGGACGUGGACGUGGACGUGGACGUGGACAUGGACGUGGACGUGGACGUGGACGUGGACGUGGACGUGGACGUGGACGUGGACGUGGACAUGGACGUGGACGUGGACGUGGACUGGACUGGACAUGGACGUGGACGUGGACGUGGACGUGGACAUGGACGUGGACAAGACGUGGACAUGGACGUGGACGUGGACGUGGACGUGGACGUGGACAUGGACGUGGACGUGGACGUGGACGUGGACGUGGACGUGGACAUGGACGUGGACGUGGACAUGGACGUGGACGUGGACGUGGACAUGGACGUGGACGUGGACGUGGACGUGGACGUGGACGUGGACGUGGACGUGGACGUGGACAUGGACGUGGACGUGGACAUGGACGUGGACGUGGACGUGGACGUGGACAUGGACGUGGACGUGGACGUGGACGUGGACGUGGACGUGGACGUGGACGUGGACGUGGACGUGGACGUGGACGUGGACAUGGACGUGGACGUGGACGUGGACAUGGACGUGGACGUGGACGUGGACGUGGACAUGGAGUGGACGUGGAGGUGGACAUGGACGUGGACGUGGACGUGGACGUGGACAUGGACGUGA